CUAUAAAUCUUCAUAACUCUCUUAAUUCCUUGUUAGUUUGUUGAUAAGUAUAUGUGGCAGUUUAGUCAUUAAAUAAGUAUUAAUUAACACCUUAAACAGUUGGUCUGUAUUAUUUAACUUGUGACUCUUCUCCCCCCCAAGAAACCCUCUAAUUUCUUCACAUUACCUGCUGUCUGCCAUUUCUAAAUGUAUUUAUUUUUAUUCUGCUAGUGUAAAUACUUCCUCUUUAUAUUGUGUACAUCUAUAAAUCAUCAUUAAUCACAACUACAAAAAAAUAAAACUAAAAUAAAUAAACAAAUCUGCAGAUGCUUUUCCUUCCCCUUUUCCUCCCUUUCCCCGCUCUUCUCCCCCUUUCACUUUCCCGUCCUUUCUUUUUACUUUACUUCUCCUAUUUCUCCCCUUUUUCUCCAUUCUCCCCUCCUAUUUCCUAGCAAAGUAGGUAGUUAUUAAUCUGUUGAUUCUUUAUAUCUCUUUACUUAGAGUCAACCAUCUUUUAAGAUCUUCUGCCAGGUUGAAACUUAAGGUCCUGCCUUCAUGCAGUAUAAAGAUCUUUGUGGUAAACCCCCACCAGUAUUUUAUAUUAUUAUUAUUUUAUCAUUUAUAUAGCGCCAGCAAAAUUCCGUAGUUCUGUACAAUGGGUGGACUUAUAGACACGUAAUUGUAACCAGACAAAUGGACGCACAGCAACAGAGGGGUUGAGGGCCCUGCUCAAUGAGCUUACAUGCUAGAGGGAGUGGGGUAUAGUGACACAAAGGUUGUAAGUAGGGGUAAUGAAAUAGGUUACUAGAAAAGUAUUCACUGGGAACUUAGUAGGUUAUUUUUUACAAUUCUUGGAUCUGAAUUCUAUUGUACUAUCUGCAAAGGUCUUCCUCUUCUGUCUAGUAUUCCAUGACACGUCCUGGUAGACCUUUAGCGCUUCAUGCUCUCCUGAAAGAUUGAUCUUUUUCAGUGAUCUCAGGAUCUGUAACUUGAGUUUAAAAGAGGAACAACAAACCAAUAUAUCUCUUGGGAGGUGGUCUGGUAUGUUGUUUUGUUUGUUAACUCGGUGACACCAUAGGACUUUUGAUAUCCCAUUCCACUUUCAUAUAUUUAAAAAAAAAUCUUCUAUAUAUGUUUCCAAUUCUGUUGUCUUUAUUUGUUCUGACACAACUCUAAUUCUUAGAUUUUUCCUCCAAAUCUAUCAUUUUAUUUUCCAGAUCUGCUAUUUUUCUUUCCAGAAUGACAUGUUCUUCUUGGUGUGAGUUUCUCACAUGUUUCGAUCAUCUCUAGUUUUUCUUCAAUACUUUGUAUCCUUGGGGUUAAUAGGGAAAGGUCUUUCUUGGUGUCCUGUGUGUUUGCUUGCAUUUCCACCUUAAUGUUCUCAAAUCGUGUGUCUAGAUGACUGAGUAAUCGUUCAUAUAGGUUUUCUUCCUGUCUUGAGUUAUCAUAUACCUCUGUUUGUGUACUGCUCAUUUCUCCUUCUAUCGGAUUAGGUGUCUGCUGUGACACAUCUAAAUUUGAUUUAUUCCCAGGCAGUUAGGGUGAGAAGAAAGACAAACGUUUUUCUAGCUGACCUUCCAUUUUUCUUUCUUCAGGUGUUUGCCAUUUUGCAUCUUUUUGGUGGCCAUGUUUUCUUCUCCUUUUCUCUUCCUUCCUUCUCCCCUCUUUCCCCCUUUUCCUUCCCUUUUCUCUUUUCUAUUCCCUUUUUUUUUUCUUUUUCAGAGGUUUCUUAUAGUACUUUUGGGUACUCUUAACGCAGUCUCUUCUCUUUUUUCCUUUCCUUUUUUCCCCUUCUCUCCCACUCCUGUGGUCAGGGGUUCAUACACUCUUUCCUUCCUUGUCUUGUUUUACUUUCCCUUACCUCUUCUCUCCCCCCCCCUUUCUUCUUUUCUUUUAUUGUUUCCCUCCUUUCUUUUCCUUUCUAUUUCUCCUUUUUCACUAUCCCCCACUUCACUGCUUCUUUAAGGUCGCAGUUCCUUUCCUAUAUAUUACCAGUAUUAGAAUAAUUUUAGGAGGAAUAACACUACGGUAAGUAACAGGAGAGAAAAAAAACUAAAUAAAAUUUAAUAAACCCAAAAACCUAAGUAAUACCCAACAGGAAAAAAAAAAAGAGAAGAUCUCUAUUAAGUAAAUUUGCCCCCUCUCCCCAAUCGUUAUUAACCAGCUAAAGCCUCAUAUUAUAUCAUAUAUUGAGAUGGUUGCAAGAGGAGGGAGAGACAUAAAGCAAAAAAAAAAAAAAAAGCAAAGCUUUAACAAACAGGGAAGGACAGAAACAAUUGUUUAGGAGAUUUACACUUGUCCCUUUUGCCUUAAGUUUUAAUUUGCCAGCUUCUGUUACAUCAACUAUACACGUAGCUUUAGACUGGCUUCAGUAUUCCUCCAGUGUAUCUUGUCCAUGCAUUAUGAGGUGCUCAGCAUUUUUAUAUUGUUUUCCUGGGCUGCCUAUCGUCUUGCUCCCUAGGGGCACGGCUGUAUUCAGACAGGACCUCUCACUCGAAGUACACAUCGUCCUUUCCCCUCAUCCAGCCCUGGCAAGCCGCCGGCAUGAGCUACCCCAUCUCCUCGAUUUGAGCAUUCCCCAGCCACACUCCAAGAGGACGCCGGCUACGUGCGCCUACGUCAUUGCUCCUCCCCCUUCCCAAAACCCGGGAAACAAGUAUUGGCCCGUUAGCGUAAUGAAUAUCUCAGGUCCAGGGCCUAAAAGGGAUAAAACAUUAUAAUUUAAAGACACUUUUUCAGAAGGCUAAACAUGUCACACCUAGAUCAAGAACCUGACUUGCCCCUAUUUGAAGACAGACCUGGAGUCUAUGCAUUUCACAGUUGUUGAACAUUUAUCCAUAGGUUGCAUGUUGCAUGUUGCAUGACAAGGAAACAGACAAUCUCUUUUUUUCAGUUAUUCCUAAUCUAGGUGUCAACUUGUUCUGGAGCAAGUGUAUAUGAUUAUGCACCUCACUUCAAUGAACAAAAAACUGUGCUUAUGGAGAUGGUAGCCAAAGGCUAUGUAAAAGUGCCCUGUCUUCUCCCCAGGGAUCUGUCUAUGCCCAUGUAGCACAAAAGUUGUAUUUUGUCUCUGCAUUUGAAUUUUAGAGUCCAAUUAAACAAUAUAUUAAAGAUAAAUAUAAGGUAUUUCAUUGUGUUGCCCUUAUACUUCUUGAGGAGUUUCCAUAGGAACAUUAGUAUACAUUCGUGCUAGUACAUUAGUGCUCAAAAUUUUUACAUACCCUUGGAGAAUUGGUAAUAUAUGUACAAUUUUUAAAGAAAACAUGAGUGAGCAGGCAAAACACAUUUCUUUUCUUUUAUUAUGGAAUUCAUAUUCAACUGUAGGUUUCAACAGAAUGACACAAUCAUUAAACAAAAAAUGGCAAAAAUUAGACCUGUUCAAAAGUCUGCAUACCCUUAGUUCUUACUACCGUGUAUUGCCCCCCUUUAGCAAUCAAUGACAGCACACAAUCUUUUGUAAUAGUUGUCUACGGGGCCCCUAAUUCUUGCAGGGGAUAUAGUUGCCCAAUCAUCUUGGCAAAAUGCCUCCAGGUCAUGCAAAGUCUUUGGUUUUCUAGCAUGAACCAAACAUUUGAGAGUGGUUCAAUGAUAUUAAUGUAAGGAGCCUGUGAUGGCCACUCCAGAACCUUCACCUUUUUCUGCUGUAACCACUGGAGUGUCAACUUGGCCUUGUGCUAAUGGUUAUUGUCAUGCUGGAAAGCCCAAGAGCGUCCCAUGUACACCUUCAUGCAGAAGAAUUAAAAUUGUCUACCAGUAAUUUCUGAUAUAAUGCUGCAUUCACCUUGCAAUCAAUUUUUACAAGAUUCCCCAUACCUUUACAGCUCACCCCCCAAGUUUGAGCUAAUAAAAAAGAUCAAUUGAUUAUUUUCAUUUUAUAUGUCAGAGCUACAUAAUCUAUUCCUAGAGAGAAUCGAUUUUCUAAUGUAUCACAAUAUUUUCUUUACUUUGAGAUUUGUGACAAAAAUCUAUACGGGGGGGGGGAGCCUGACCGCCAAGCAGUAAAGACGUGGGUAACACGAGCUCUCGCCUGACGGGCUGAAUUUGGGGUAAAAUCAGCGGCUACAUAGCCCACAGGCUCACCGGGUUGCGCUACCCAUGUUGGGAGUGCACCACGGAAGCAAAGGACACCCCUCUGAAACCCGUCGCGGCCGGGAGGACGAAACGCUGAGUGCAGCCUACUAAGUUGGAGCCGGGGAGAGACGGACACUCACCCCAACACCAGAUGUACCAAGCAACUCCACUGGUCUCCUACCCCCCCUCUGGACCGGUGAGGGUUAUGCCGGUCCCCACUGGGAGAAUGGACUGAGGCAUCAACCAUUACCCCAACUGACUGAACACAGCAGACGCCUCGAGGUACUCCGAUCUCACAAAAUGGCGGAGGCCCAAACACAAGAACCACAAACUCCCACACAGGCAUGAGGGCCAAUCCCAGACACUCUAGAAUCCAGACUGGACGCAUUGUUCCAUGCAUUUUGGGACAAACUACAGACCCAUGCCACUGCCGACCAACCCAACCAGAGUACCAGAGGCUAUCACAACAGCCUGGGGCAGGAGGACAAUCUCCUGCACCUGUUGCCCAUCGGUUGAACCCGACAAUCACCGCAAACAGCCACCUACCCACCAAGCUGCUUACCCUUCCAGGCUGAAAACACCUCGAGGCACUGCCUCCCUGCAACAGCCAUGCAAGCGGGAGAUUACCCGCCAUGACCGCAGUCACCCACGACCCGCCACAAACCUAAGGCAGGGGACAGACUUGAUCCACAUGAACACCAGGGACACUGGACUAGCGAUACUUACCCUUCUGCAGACCUGGAGCUGGAAGAGAGCCAUGAAACGGCACACUGCGGUAGAUAAUCGUUGGGACUCCCCUACACUUGUAUCACCUCUGCCGCUACUGGGGAUCGGAUGACCGGGCACCCAAAACCACACCCAGAGCUCCUGGUAACUCACUGAAGACACCGAGCGAAGAGUCAUGCCUGAUAAGAGACUCCCCAUUUAUUGUUGAGGAAGUACUAGCUAAGCUUUGUUUAUUUAGUUGCUUAUAAUUUUGACCUAAUUGGUUGCGUAGUUUACUAUUCCUAGGCCCAGAACCCAGUGGUAUAAUGUUCUCAAUGCAUGCAAGACUCAAUGUUUAACUAGCCUGUUUACUCACAGACACAUCUGCCUAGCAAUUUUCAGUCUGAAGUCACUAGCCUGUAUAGUCACACGAAAAGUCAUAAGAUAGUAAUCAGCGGCUCGAACACAAGAAUAUAGCACGUCUUGGAUAGCAGUCUAUGUACAUUAUAUAAACACUACUACUAACUAAUUUAACCACACUAGCCUGUUUAAUUAUCUAGCAUAUUGUACCCACACUACCUAUACUGUUACUAGAGCAGCUUAAGUAUUACCUUGACAAUUGUACCUUACAGUUAUGGAUGUGUUAACAAUCUACUAAAAGAGGCAGACGAUUCACGGAGAUGAUAUCAACUGUAUUGUUUUACCCCCUUUUGGAAUGUAUCUUAACUGUCUCCCCUUCUUUCUUCUGUUCCCAUGCAACUCUAUGUGCCUCAAUAAAAGAAAGAUUGACAAAAAAAAAAAAAUUCUAUACCAACACAUAUUUCUUGACUUUUGUUUACUCUUAUUUAAACAUUUUAGUUAUCUUUACAUGAACUUGGACAUUAACUUUCCCUUGCUUUUUAUUGGCCAUAAUGACAAAAUAUUGCAGCUGUGGUAAACUGUUACUCACAUGCUACUCUGCUCAAUGCCAUUAUGAAAAAGACGAUAAAUAUCCGCAUAAAAAAAUAGUUUUAAGUACUCUAUCAUUUUUUAGCUUAGUUCUAAAAUGGCCGAAUUCUGCCCAAUGGGAAACAAAUGUUUAAUUUCACUCUAUAUUAAGAAAACAUGUCAAUACCACGCAUUCAUAUUACAUAAUUAAUAAAAUUAAUAAUAAAUGCCAACAUUUUUAAAAUGAUAUGUAAUCACUUAAAUUAACAAUUUGUACAAUUUUCCUUCAGGUGUAUAAUAUUAGAGAAGGUUGUAUAAUAUUAAAUAUGGGAGCCUGUGGCCAUGUCAUAUUUUGUGUGUAGGAAUAAUGUGACACUUAAAUUCUCUGCAAAAUUCCUUGCCUAUGUGCUAGCUCUAGCCAAACCUGUAGAAUCCAAUAAAGAGAGUAUUCAGACGACUUUGUAGUGAAAUAACUGAAUAAAUACAAUGUGAUAAACGUUUCAGAUCUUGAUAUUUAUUAUUAUACUCUGCAAUUUUCCUUCAGUUUUUGCAAUUUUCUCUCUUCCUAUCCUGACAAGAUAGUACUUUGCUUUGUAGAGUUUCUCCCGGCUAUAUAUGAGCAUUGCAGUCAGUCAGUUCUGGGCUCGGAAACAUGUGGGGUGUCUUUCAUAUGAGCUUAUUUUGCAUUGAUUCCAGACUUCCAUUCUAUUAAUUUAUUAAAUACUUUUAUGCCAAUGUGUCUGCAGAUAGUUUUUACUCCCAACUGAGUGUUAGUUAUUUACUUUGGUUACUGAAACCGUUAAUCACCUCACAAAUUCUACCACUUCUCCUGUUUUUCCCUCUAUCGAUUACUGUUUGUUGCUUGAUCUGUGAACCAAUUGAUGGAAAAAUGCUGCUAUCAGUAUACUGCAAAUUAUAUACAUUAUAAUAAAAAAAUCAUCCUGCCCGGCACCAAGAACUGCAUGCCCCGGGCAUAAGGCGAUAAAAACUCUGUGUUUAGGCAAUAAUGUAUUUUAAAAGGUGGCAGAAAUAUAAUGAAAAAUAAAAAAAAAAAUUAUAAAAACAAGUGAAGUGGAUUUGAAUUAGUAAAUACCUUACCCACAUAUAUAUAUGGUUGCACAUGUAGGGAAUAUUUCAUUUAAGAGGUUAUGUUGAUGACACUAGGCAAUCCUCAGAGAUUAAAGAAAAGGCCAAUUUACUUUCUUCAAAGUAAAAGGUUAUUUACAGUAAGGACAGUAAUAUUUGGAAUUCGCUACCAACGGAAAUUGUGCUGGCUGAUAAAAUAAAUAUCUUUAGGGUUGGAUACCAUAUUAGCAAAAUAGAAUAUACACAGUUGUGACAAUGUAAACACAGGGGAAUGUUGACCCAGGGAAAACCAGGAAAGAGCCAGGAAGGAAACUUCACACUUAGCGGUAAUAUUGGAAAAGACUUCAGUCGUUUUUAUUCAUCUUCGCCUGGAUCAACAGAAUGCAAAUCGAGCCCAGGCUGACUGAAUAGCCAUCUGUCUUUUUUUCAACAUGUCAGACGAAAAACUUGCAGUUUUGACAGUUUCAAAUAUUUUUUAACCCAGUUUUCCUU